AAUGCUUUCAGACGCUGUUUAUUUAUAGCUUCUAUUUUCUCGCUCUUUCUCUCUUUUAUCAUGACGUUGAAACGAUUUGGCUCUUCUCUGUUAUUUAACAAAUCAGGUCAAAUAGUUGCGUCAUCUAUAUAUCACAGUAUUCUUUUGAAAGGUAUAUAAAGGCUAAAAGAGACAAUCAGAGCUUUCUUAAUUCUAUUCAAUUAUAAAAAAAAUGAAGUUUAUUUCCUCUGCUCUCUUGGCCAUUUCUGCUGUCUCUGCUGCUGUUCUUACUCCCAGACAAGACGCUUCUCAAGAUCAAAGCCAAGUUUUGUCUCAAUACCCCCAAGGCACUGACAUUGGCGUCGUCAAUGGCACUUGGUUUGUCACUGGUGCUACACAAGAUGUUUGGAAUGCUUUUCAAUUCCUCAACCACACAAUGAACAUUGAUGUUGGUUGUGUUCAAGUCAAUGCCACCACUACUUCAAACACUACCUUUGAUGGUCUUGUCUCUGCCUUCUUGACUCACACUAACUCUAACAUUGGUAUCAAUGCCUCUGUUGCUGGCUCUUUCAUGCUGAAGGCACCUGAUAGCAAUACCAACACUUCAGACCACACUUAUUUGUGGGAUGCUUAUGGCUCUCAAAUCUUUGUCAACAAGGUUUCAUGGGAAAACUUCACCUCCAAUGGUCAAAGUAAUAGCAAUGCUUCCGAUGCUGGUAGUGCUGUCAUUCCUGGCUCUCAACCUUUUGAAGCUACUGUCUACUCCAAGUUGAUUGAUUCCAAUGCUCAACCUGGCUCAAAUGACUCUACCAACUUUGAUACUGUCUUCCUCUGGAGCAAUGAUAUGAAAUUCCUUAGCACCAACAACCAAAAGAGAGCUGAUAAAGUCUAUGGUAUCAUUCUCUCUAAGACUUCUUCUAUUGGUCAAGACACUUUCAACAAGACUGUCGCUCUUUUGCCUAAUGCAAUUGCUGCCAACAACAUUUCUAUUGUUCAAAUUGAAGAUACUUGUCACACUGGUGACAACAACAAUAACCAACAACAACAACAGUAAAUACUUUUUAUAUGUAAAAUAAUUUUUCUUGUUCAAUAAUAAGCUAUAAACAGAACACUGUUUAAAUGUUAAUAAAAAUAACUUUUUCCUUUUUUUUGUAUAACUUUA